AUGUCUGAGAGAUCUCAAACCAUAAGAUUUCAAAGGACCACUGCAAAUAAAUCCUUUAGUAAAAAGUCUAGGACCACCAAACUAUCCAAUAGGCAAAUUAAAAGGAAACGUAGGAAAAACAAAUACCACAAAACACUGAAAAGACGUAGAUUCAAUCAAGGAACAAAAGACAUAUGUUCUUCACUGGAACUCUUUGAUAUGAAGGAAAUGGAUUCAGCACCGUCUAGUAGUCAUCAAACAUUACCAUCAGAAGUGAUCGAAUGGCAGCGACAGGAUCAACUUUCUUACUGGAAGUCUCGUGCGAUAAGCUUGGAGUAUGAGAACCAAAUGUUGCGACAGCAUCUCAGGAAUGUUUAUGCUAAAACAGUUGAAGUUCAAUUUCAGGGCUAUCCUUUGAAUGAAACAGUUUCUGAAACCAAUGAAAUUACUUCCACAGCUGAUAAAAGAAAAAGUGAAAAAUGUGAAGAAGAAGAAGUAGUGGUACUUCCUAAUAUUCCUAAUGUUAAACAAAGAACAGAGGAAAUGAGUGAAUUGUAUGGGGAAAAAGCACAAAUAUUAAUUGGAAUGGAAACAGCAAUGCAAUUAAAUUAUGAAAAACAUUCAGAAAAUUCAAAUCCUGUGCUUUGGCCUAACUAUCCUUUGAAAUUUGUUUUUAAUGACUGA